CUACCUUGAACCACAAUGACUUAUUAUAUAUUAUUGCUGAAAAGUCUUUUUAAAAACAUCGAUAUCAAUUACUGUCCACUAUCACAUUUGUACAUAUUCCUGUUGAUUGUGUGUUAAUGGAUGGUGUCAAGGCUUUAUGGAUGUGCAUGAAGCGAACAAUUUUUUAUAUUAAAAGAUUAAUUCUGACGUUGCAGAUGUUUGAUACAGUCUUMCUACGUUCGGAAAUAAGUGAAAUAUUUUUAUUCAGUUUUCAUAUUCUGAGUGGACGCUUAGUUUAAGUAAUAAAUUGGCUCGAUUUAACUUUAUGGGUGUGAUGGAAUAAUUAGGAUCAUUUGCAUGCAGACUUACACGGAAAUAUCAAUAAUUCAUGUAGUAAUCURGGUAAAUAAAGUCGAGUAAUAUCACCGUCCUUUGCAUUGUUACGUGACCAAUCCACUUCAAUUAUCAACAACAGACCCCUCUCAAUCAACUAAAGUACUUUGAUGACAACCACUGGUCUUGUUUGAAGGUUUUGAUUGACAGCAGUCUAUCACUAAUUGCACAUUGUGAAUUUUGUCUGAGCUGGUCGCAUAGCAAUGCAGACAACGGUAACAAAUACCAAGGCCGAAGGAACAAAUAAAUAGAAUUGUUCAGGCAAGGUUCAGAUCUUUGGAGUUUUAUGUCCUGUUGGACAAACUUUAAUAUUAUAACCCGUAAAUGUCAAUAGAAUGUAGACUACAAACUCAUGAAUUUCAUGCAAGCAAUGACAUUAGGCACAGCAAAAGAUUGACAUCUGAAUCAAGCUUCAGUCUAUUUUAGUGGUUUUCAGGCCCAUUUAUAAGUCAAGCGUGGUUGUCAUGUCAUCACAUCRAACCAAAUAAUAAAUUUGUGUCAUCCUAAAAACAUUUGGCCUAACGUUGACUCAAGCAUCCAUCCAAAUAGAGUCAAAAGCAUCAUUAAAGGUCCAAUAAGAUGGAAUUUUUUCAUUAUUCUUGAAAAAAGAUGUUUUUGUGCAUGAAGUUCAGCACUAUGAAGUUCAGCACUAUGAUACCUCAAUGUUUGAAUCAGCAUUGCAGCUGUUGAGCCACAAUCGUCUCAAACUCAACUGAUUCAUACGUUGAGCUGUUUGUGUACUGCAAAUUAUUUGGUUUGGCAGAAUAACAGCAUGAUGUACUGGACCUGAAUUGAUCUAAUUUAUGGUCAAUGAAUAUCUAUCCUCCCAUUGGUCUAGUCGUGAAGAGAUGAGGCUGAUCAGUGACUGUAUGAUAUCAUAUUGCUUAUUUUUUUUUGUCUUUCAGUGAUUUUGAGUUUGAAAUGUGUGACAACACAAGCUCAGUGUGGUAUGCGAGACCGCAAUGCUUACUCAGGUUAUGAACAAUUCAUACAAAGCCCAGGAUACCCAUCAAACUAUGCUAAGAGUUCAUCCUGUACAUGGGUAAUAAUGGCACCAAUAGGCUACCAUGUACAGCUGACAUUUCUUGAAUUCAAGACUUAUGGAUAUACUGUUUUUGGACGUUGCCAAAGCUUUGUCAGUGACAUUCUGGAGGUGUAUGACUCGUCAUAUCUGUCCAGCAGUAAACUCCUUGGAAAGUACUGUGGUUCUGAUUUGCCAGCAACUGUUGGGUCUACCUCUAGAUACCUGUACAUCAAAUUCACCUCUUCUAGUUCUGCUGCAUUAAACCAUAAAUUUAGAAUGAAAUAUAUAGCAGUGAGAGCUCCAAGUCAAGACGGUUCCACAUGUUCUCCAUUUUUUUCACCUAUAACCAACUCCAAUAUCAAAUUGUCAACAUCUCUCAAUUCAUCAUUUAAGUACAUUGAAAGUCCUUUGUAUCCCAACAAAUACCCAAGCAAUAUCAAGUGYGUUUGGUAUAUAACAGCACCWCCAAGUGCAAACAAAAUUCAGCUGAUUUUAUCAGAAGCUAAGAUGUACAGUUACUACAGUUCCUCAUGCAGCUCARGUUCAGUUAAUGAUGAUGUUCUUACAAUACGGGAUGGUCCAUMUACUUAUAGYAGGGAGCUGAARACAAUUUGUARMCCACAGUAUUCAGCACAAACUAUAACAUCAUCAGGACUUUACAUGACUAUCAUAUUCACCAGCAAUGAGGACAACAACUUUAAAAGUGGGGCUACAGCACGAUUCAAGAUGAGGUUUACUGAAAUAGGCUAUAACGCAGGUAAUGUAGUCAAAACCUAUUUCUAUUUUAAUUUAUGAAUGUUU